AGGUUACUUCUAUUCUGAAACGAGUUAAUGAAUUCAAAACCACUCCCGAAUACGCCUAAUUAUAAUAAGUUAGCAUGAAUGUCAAGUUUGCUAGUCAUUAAGCCUGAAAUUCUGCGCAAUGCUGCGGCGCUUGCGCAUCAAGUCGGUGGUGGCGCUGCUGGCGGUGGCCUGCUGUGUCCUCGUCUUCUUGUGCACCGACUUUGGAUCGUCCCGGCAGCCACGGUCCCCCUCUGCUAGACGUCUGCACAUCGUCAGGAUCACGUCAGAGGACAUUGCUAAACUGGAGGGAGGAGUAGAACCUCCUGAACUUCCCUCAUCCCUCCUGUACCCUCAAGCUUCCCCUCACGUAACUGCCAUCCCUCUUCCCUCUUCCCCACGAGCCGUUCCCUUUCUGUCCUUCUCUCAGCAGCAAGACACAAGAAGCGAAGGUAACCUGCAAUACGACCUGAAAGACGUCCCGAGCGUGUCUCUACUUCACAACCCAAAACAGGUCCUCAAAACCAAUAGUUUGCAUCCAUCCAGUAAGGGAAUCUCAUCGUCAAAUGACGUGCUUUCUCACAAUAUCGACAAGACAGACAAACUUGAUAAUUACGUAGACAAAAGUGUAUAUACAAAAGAAAAGGAGUUCAUAGAACUAGCAGCAUUCGAAUCAAUACCUGCGAAAAAAAGAAAAAGACUGGAGAGGUAUUUAUCUCAUCUGAGUCAAGAUCAAUUCGAUGAAGUGUUCCGCAAUGUCCUCGGCUACGAAAACAAUCAAUAUGACCUCGAAAUGCUGAAGUUUCCCAACGAUAAAAAGGUUGUUAAAAGUCCUGAGGAUGGAAAGGAUAUAACAUCGACUCCAAAGUCGGGAAAGUCCCUAGAUCUGACUAACCGUACCCGUUCUCAGGACCGAGGGCGCUGCCUUAGCGGGUGCCCUGACCACAAACCCAUCAGCGUGCACACGAGGGGCUACGCCGCGCGCGUCAAGAUUGAAAGCGUGACGCUGCCUCCCGAGUGGUCCUCAUCGCCUGAAGACGAGCAGCGCCUGCAACUACGCAAAUCCCGCGUUAAAGAGGUCUGUCAUCGGCACGGGUUGGACGUUGCGGGUCCGAACAACAGCAUCAACGCCUGGGAGUUCCUCAUCAAUAAAAAAUUCAACCUAGUGUGGUGUAGCGUCUUCAAGGCUGCGUCCUCUACGUGGUUCUACAACUUCAACAUUCUGGCGGGAUACUCUGAGAACUUUCUUCUCAGGUCUAAAGAGACGCCCAUUACUCUAGCUCGUCAAAAAUAUGCCAGACCCACCACCAUGGAGCUCGAGAACUUCAUGAACCAGACACAGCGGCCGCUAUCGUUUCUCAUCGCCCGCCAUCCUCUGCAUCGUCUGGUCUCCGCCUACAGGGACAAGUUACUGUCAGGGAAGCGAUACUACAGUCGCCUGGCACGUGACAUCGUCUCAACAUACCCGUCCCUCGGCGAGCACCCAACCACGGACUCCACACUAGGCAACUCUGCCGCCCCUCGCUGGUACGGAUCGCCCUCGAGUUCCUUGGCGAGGGCAAGGUUGGCUCGUAAGCUCGUGGUGCCGACCUUCCCUCAGCUCGUACAGUAUCUCAUCGACAGCAACGCGCGAGGGGAGGUUCUAGAUGAACACUGGACUCCCAUCAGCCAAUUCUGCACGCCGUGUCUCUUCGAGUUCGACGUCAUCGCAAAGAUGGAAACUCUUGAUGAGGAUUCCAACUACGUCAUUUUCAAGAGCGGCAUCGAAAAAUACAUAAAACCGAAGCGUAUCAAUCGAAAUCGAAACGCUCCAACAGGUGAAGUAGCGGACUCAUUUCUGUGUCAGCUUUCCACGGAGAUGAUGAAGAAGCUCAUCGAAAUCUACAGGGUAGACAUGGAGCUUUUUGGCUAUGAGUAUGAGCAUUACUUGAACUGUACGAAAGAUCACAUCAGGUUAGAGAGAAUCUACAGAUGAUGAAGCGUUUUUCAUCUAAUUCAAUUUCUCUUAUAUAGUCAUUGCUAUUCUUCAGCUGUAGACAUAUAAUAUUUACAGACAGAAAAUUCUAUUAUAUACGGCAUUUUACACCGAACUAUUCUUGAAGAAGAACUUUCGAAUGUUUCCAGUUUUUGCGAACUAGACGUAAUAUUCGUCGCUGGAAAGUUUUUGCAGUUUCCAUGGAAACAAGAUUUAAAUAUUUUUUGAUUCAACUUAUAUAAGUGAUGAGUAGUUUAAGUGGAGAGGCUUUGUGAUAUUAAAUUUAUUUGCUGUUAAGGAGAAAGCUAUGAUAUAUGUAUGCUCUUUGUGGUCUAGAUGCACAUCCGCUAUGAGGUGGAAAACACUCAAGUUACAAAUUUUACCCUAAAUAAAAUUAAUUUUAUUAUCAUUAUACAAAUUUUAUCCUAAAAUGCCAAACUGCGUUUGGCAUUUUAUGCGCUGACGAAUAGUAAGAAGUUCAAAAUUUUUACCUGGAUGACACUAAAAUUUCUGAAAAUGUCAAUCGCAUCUGCCCAAAUUCAAUCGUGAGAUUUAUGAAAUUGAUAGCGAAUUACCGAACCAGCAAAGAAUUGAAGCUUGCGAUAACACUGAUUCUUUCAGAUGCCUGCUCGUGAUUGCUGUUAACUUUAAAUGUUUGGUUUAAUUAUUAAUUUUAACAAUUAUUUGAUGAUCCAUAUGUGGUAAUGUAAGAAUUUAUGCUCAUUUACUUCCUAAUUUUUUUUUAAGUUACCGUUUAAACUGUUAGUGUGUGAACCCUCAGCUCUCCACUGCCGUUCCUUUUAGCGCAGUAUCCGGUAUCAGGAAUCUUAUGUC